ACCUCUACUCCUAUUGGCCAGCGCCGGUCACAUGACGUCAGCAGUGUCAUGGCGGCGUCCGCAGCGUUUCGGGCGAGCGUGACUUUCACUCAGCGGUUAGUGCGCGUGUCACCGGACUGUCGUCUGAAUCUGGGCACGAGAGCUGAAGACGGACUUGUACAGACGAGCAGCAGUGCCUCUGGUACGGAAAACACGCGUGUCCGUGAGUGUGUCUGUCAGGAGAACAGCAGCUCACCCGAGGACGAGACUGACGAACAUGGUAUUAAUGUUGUAUAUAUCGACCGAUCUGGACAGAGGAUUCAAGUCAAGGGAAAGGUUGGAGAUAACGUUCUUCACUUGGCUCAUAAACAUGGCAUUGAUCUUGAGGGAGCGUGCGAAGCCUCUUUAGCGUGCUCGACGUGUCACGUGUACGUCAAGAGCGAAUACUAUGAUAAACUUCCAGAACCUGAGGAAAGAGAGGAUGAUAUGCUGGACAUGGCUCCGAUGCUGCAGGAGAAUUCUCGUCUGGGUUGUCAGAUCGUUCUCACCCCUGAACUGGACGGCAUUGAGCUGACUCUGCCCAAGGUCACACGCAACUUUUACGUGGACGGUCACAUUCCCAAACCUCACUGAGCGCUGUGCUGACCAGUGUUACCGGGUGCCAAGCGUUAUGGGAUACCUGCGCUAAACAAUUACAGCAGAAUUCCUUACAACGAUAAUAAAGGUCGAUCGGUCUGUAGGACAGAAACUGAAGCUCAGUGCAAGUUGACAGUCAAGCAUCAGUUUCUAUCGGUGAAGGAAUUCUGGGAAGUGUGAUCCGAGGUUUUCCUUCAUCUGUUUCUAGUGUCCUUGAGCUUUAGUUGAAUUAAAUUGAUGAACAUUUCAACGGAAGAGCUGCUAUGUUCUGUUAAAUAUUUUCUGUGUGUCUCUUUUACAGAUUGCAACAUAUUUUUAUCCUGUUUACCGACCACAGAGAUUUCAUUUUAUUUUGUAAAAAUAAAAUUGUUUGUAUAUGUUUACAUAAAGAAAACGAUGCCUGUUUUUAAA